CUCAUCGCUCUCUUGCCUAUAGCCAUCGCCAGCCAGCAACUCUCGCAUCUUGCUUCUUCUUUCUUCCUCAUCCAUCGUAUCCCAUCCCCAUCACCUAGUCACCAUGCCCCAGCCUCCUCUCGACGUCCACAAGUACUUCAACAAGCCCCUCUGGCGCAUCCCAGACAAGUACCCUCCGGGCACCGGCGGCACUGGUGCCCGUAAGGAGUGGCCCGAGGGCACUCUGAGCGGCAUCGAGGUCGUCGACGACUUUGGCAAGCUCGUCACCGAGUACUUUGACAAGUUCCCCAAGGAGCCUAUCUACCCCAACCCAUAUGCCAAGUACCCCAAGUUCGUGCAGGUCGAGUACGAGCUUCCCGAGGCGUUCAAGACGUCGCAGGACCUCCAGAAGGCCCUCGCGAUGCUCCCGCUCGCCUGUGUCUCGUCGGUUAUCACUGCUCUUGAGGACGGUCCCCAGGGCUGCACUUCCAACAAGCGCGUCGAUGCCGCUGGCUACGAGUCGGACGGUGGCGAGGAGCCCGAGACCAGCCUGCCGCCCAAGGACCCCAGCAAGAUUUGGAAGUGGCGCUUCUCCAAGUCGCCUCUCGGCUCGGGUGAGCUCCUGCUUGUCAAGGGCGAGACCAACGACGUGAACAUGGUUGUCCGCACCAUUAACCCUGCUGCGUUCACCUCGGCCGACUGGGAGGAGUUUGUCGUCACCGGCCCAUACCACUACAACACCAAGUCUAAGGCUUCGUGGUACUGGUCGCGCACGUGGGGCGCGUGCAAGCGUCUCGACACGCGCUGGUGGGUCCUCACCGACUGGCAGCGCUGGGUGUUCGGCAAGUUCAACGACGACGAGUCGCACGGCUGGGUCUCGCCCAUCCUCGACUACAACACCCAGGGACCCACCGUCCUCCAGGCCCUCUUCUACUGGACCCAGAGCUCGAUUGGCGCCAAGGACGGGUUCCAGCGUUCCGCCAAGGACGUCAGCAGCCUUCCCGAGCUCUUCCCCGACACGCCCGCACGUCGCGUCUCGGUGUCGGGCAAGGGCGGCCACGUCCCUCGCGACCCGCGCCAGGUCAAGAAGGCCAACGAGUCGGACAUUGAGGAGAGUGACGCUGAGGACCACUAGACGCCCGGCCAGCCGGUUCGCCCCCUGCGAUUCUACAUUAAAUAGGCCGUUUCUGUCUGUGACUUUGAUAGCAUGAGGAUGAAUAACACGAAAGCAGUUGUCUGAUCGGGGCAGCGAGCGUGGUAGAAGGGGCUCGGCUGUACACAGGUGAUAUGUGGCAUGAAGUACAUGUACUACAGCUUUACAAUGAUUAUUCGAAUAAG